GGCGCUCAUCUGCCGCCGAAGUCACCGGAUGUCGCCAUACCAUAAGUAAUUAAUCAGCCAGAGGAAUAUUUCCAUUCCCUAAACAACCACCGUCGUCUAAACCUUCGUUAUUUCCCCAAUUCUUGCGUUCAGCGUCCAUCUAUAAGCGCUUCAAGAUGUCGUGGCUCUUCGGUUCUUCAAACGCUCCUGCAGUGUCUGCUCCUGCUCCCGUUAAUGCGGUGAACAUCCAAGCCUCAGAACCAGCCAGCAAGCCCAAGCCCUGCUGUGUCUGCAAGGAAGAGAAGUCUUCCCGAGACGACUGCAUGCUGUUCUCGAAAUCCGACGAUCCGGCCAACAACGACUGCAAGCCCCUGGUUGAGCAGUACAAGAGCUGUAUGGCUGGUUAUGGAUUUAAGAUCUAAGAUCUGAUAUUUAAGAUUGGUUUUCACACUGGGCGUUGGACUUCGUCUUGCAUUGGGAGGGGGGGAGCAAUUGGCAUUAAAUAAAUAUGUACACUACACUACUCGCACCGCGCCAUUAUGCCUUUCGACAUGCUGGCUGGAUUGGUCAUAUCCUUUAUUUAGACUAUUGAUGACGGGCUGCAUGUUGAGUGUGGUCAUGUCGCAUGUAUAAUGAAACUCAUCUCUUAAAUAUUUGG